CGCGACCUGAUGACGUCCGCUCCUCGGCGGCGAACAGUGAUGAUGUCAUCUAGGGACCAACCCCUCCACUAGAGACCCUUUUUCGAGCUGUACCAGAGCAUGAGGGUCUUAUGGAGGCCAUUUGGAUUCUUAAGAAGACCCCUCAAACUGGAAAGCUGUAGAGUAACUGAAUCAGAAUCACCGAUCCCACUAGCUUGGACAUCACUGAUCCAGAAACUUACCAGAGCACCUAGUAUUUUCUUGCUGAAUCCCAGAAGAUUCUCAACCAUGCCUGAAAUAGAAACAAGUCAGAGAGGUUCAGACUUGUUUUCACCACCCUCUGAUGUUCGAGGAAUGACAAAACUUGACAGAACAGCUUUUAAAAAAACAGUCACCAUCCCAGUGCUUAAAGUGAGGAAAGAAAUUGUCAAUAAACUGAUUCGAUCCCUUAAAAGGGCAGCACUUCAGCGCCCAGGCAUAAAACGUGUGAUUGACGAUCCAGAAGAUAAAGAAGGCAAACUAAUUAUGUUGGAUCCCUAUAAAAUGCUUACCAGUGAUUCCUUUGAGGAAGUAGAACUCAGUAUUUUAAAGCAGCUUAAUGUCAGUCCACAGAUAUCUAAAUAUAAUUUGGAACUAACUUAUGAAAACUUUAAGUCAGAAGAAAUCUUAAGGGCUGUGCUUCCUGAAGGUCAAGAUGUGACUUCAGGGUUUAGCAGGAUUGGACAUAUUGCCCACCUGAACCUUCGAGAUCAUCAGCUGCCUUUCAAGCAUUUAAUCGGCCAAGUUAUGAUUGACAAAAAUCCAGGAAUCACUUCAGCAGUAAAUAAAAUCAACAGUAUCGAUAAUACGUACCGAAAUUUCCAAAUGGAAGUGCUAUCUGGUGAGGAGAACAUGAUGACCAAGGUUCGAGAAAACAACUACAUCUACGAAUUUGAUUUUUCAAAAGUCUAUUGGAAUCCCCGUCUCUCUACAGAACACAGCCGCAUCACAGAACUUCUUAAACCUGGAGAUGUCCUAUUUGAUGUUUUUGCUGGGGUUGGGCCCUUUGCCAUUCCAGUAGCAAAAAAAAACUGCACUGUAUUUGCCAAUGAUCUCAAUCCUGAAUCCUAUAAAUGGCUCUUGCACAACUGUACAUUAAAUAAAGUGGACAAAAGGGUUAAAGUCUUUAACUUGGAUGGGAAAGACUUCCUCCAAGGACCGGUCAGAGAAGAGUUAAUACAGCAGCUGGGACCACUGUCAAAAGAAAGAAAACACUCUGUGCACAUUGUCAUGAACUUACCAGCAAAGGCGAUCGAAUUUCUCGGUGCCUUCAAAUCACUUCUGGAUGGGCAGCCAUGCAGCAGUGAGCUCCUUCCCAUAGUACACUGUUACAGCUUUUCCAAAGAUGCUCGUCCUGCUGAGGAUGUGCAGCAACAAGCUGAAGCUGUAUUAGGCAUUUCCUUGGAUGCGUGCAGUUCGGUUCACCUUGUAAGAAAUGUGGCCCCUAACAAGGAAAUGCUGUGCAUCACCUUUCAGAUCCCGGCUGCUGUGCUCUACAAGAACCACACCCUAGAUCCAGAGAGUCAUGAAGACCCUCCACCCCUUAAACGCCAGAGGACAGGCAAAGCCUUCUCAGAAGAAAAAACAACAAUUGCUUAAAUCACUUACUAGAAAUGUUUUCGCCAUCUCCCCACUAGAUUUUGUAGUGAAAUAUGUUUGAUUUCAUAAAAUUUUAGCAUUUAGUUACCUUAGUACUGAAAUGUUAUAUUUCACCCAUGCUAGCUUAUAAAUCAAGGAUUAUCAAAUUAAAGUUUAAAUGAAAUUAAGUCUACUGAACAUCUUUAUUAGCUAAAUUAUGCUAUAUAACUCAUUUUAUAACCUAAAUUAUUUAAGUAAGUUUAAAUAUGUCUGUCUCUUGGGAAAAUAGACUUUGAAGGUAAGGUAACUGCAUGCCAACUAGGAAAGCUCUAAUAAUAACACUUUGCGGUGCUGUAGCUAAGUUUUAUGUGGUACUCUUGUCUGGUGUCACUAUAAAAGUGAUAACCAUUAGAUUAUUCAGAUCAGGGACAAGCACACAAUGCCUGGCAGGUCAGAUCAUGAGCUGACAGAUGUUACAAAUAACUGCUCACUUCUUGUUUACCUGAGGCGUUGGUACUGAGUUUGAAGUUUCUGAAGAAUCAGCCCCUGAAUAUUCUUCAUGAAACACCUACCAGUGAGUAUUUUCAAAGAAGUUGAGAAAACUAACUCUGUACAACCUGAAGUAGGAUCUGCUAAGAUAUUCUGAUGGUGGUAAGACCUAGUUGGAGAAAUGUACAAAGCUUGUGAAAAUGUGGUGUUUAAAACCUAUGCUUAUUUACUAUCUCACAAGCAAGUACCUUACAGAAAAUUUUUUCAUCUGUCAUAUGUUACUGAACCAGUAGCGUCCAAUGGUAAACUUCAUUUGUUUUCAUGGACUUGAACCAUUUCGUAGUUCUUGGAUUCUGUCAGAAGUUGAAGCUGAAUUUCUUGACUUGUUUGAUUUAAAUUUGCUUUGCUUCAUAAUUAUAAAGUUUGAUUGCAAUUUUUUUUUGAAAUCAGGGUCAAGAAGAACCAACCUUAAACACUAUUCUUACAACACUGAACAGCUUUAGAAAUUAGCUUUUGCUAAAGGUCAUAAUAUUUCUUAAGAUUUAGCAAACGUAAUGUGAAAAUGCACUGCAGUAGUCAUUGCAGCAGACAUCUGAAUCUCAAUAUCCUGUGCUGUGCUUUCUCAUGCUACCAACUCACGAUAAGACAGUGAAGACUUCCCUUCUCACACAGAUUAGCAGUGGAUGUACUUUCUGGGUUCAGCAUUUUGGGGACCUUCGUACAAAUGCAAAGGAAAUUUCCCUAUUUCAGAACACAUUCAACUACAUUAGAGCUUCCAUCUAAUCGAUUGAAAGUCAGUAAUGCUGUAUGUAAUGACAUGCUGAAAAAUAGAUACCAAGGGAAGAAUAAUAAGAGUUUUACAAAUGCCUUCUCAGUGAUGAAUAUGCUUAGAAUCAUACGCUUCUGGAUUGGUAUCAGUAUUAGGCAGUAUCGAUCUGUGUUAAAAGACAUUUAUGUAAAGGUGAAGUGUGUAAAAUCUCAUUGCAAAUAACCAUUAACAGGUGAUAAUUUACAGUUGACUUUAACGGGAAGAAACAUUUAGAACUCUGAUUAAAGGGAAUGUUAUUCCUCCAAAAAAGGGCAUUACAAAAAAUAUACUGUUAUAUUUGGAAUUUUGUUAAUUAAAAAAACUAUACCAAUUUAUCUCUUGUUAUAUAAGUGCUCCCACUUUAAUGCUCUCAAUUUUGCCUCUUAGCCCACAAAGCCUAAAAUAUGUACUGUCCAGCCUUAGAGAAAGUUUGAGGACCCUUGAUCUAAGUCAUUAAUUACAAACUCCAAUGCCUUCAAAGGCCAGGCAGGUAACAUAAAUAGAUGAAGACAAGACAAUAAAUAAUAAAAAAGUAGUAAGGAAGUAAUGAAUUGGAGUCUUUAUUCCUUAUCUAAAUGCGCUUUAAUCUGUUUUGAAAUUCAACCCAACCUGUCCUCUGCCAGAGCUUGAGGGCUGAUUCAGCCAAGGAUUGCUAGUUUGGGACUUAUUUUCUUCACCUCCCUGCCCUCCCAGGGAGAAGUAGGUCAGUGGUCAGCAAACCUUCUGUAAUGGGCCAGAUUGCAGCUUCUCAUUCUGCCGGCAGCAGCCCAAAGGCAGCCACAGACAACACACAAACACUAUGUUCCAAAAACAUAUCUAUUUAUGGAUACUAACAUUUGAAUUUCAUAUGCUUUUCACACGUUAAAAAGUUUAUUAAGCCUGGCUUUUUUCAAACUUGAAAAGAAGGUAACACCACUCUUAGCUUACAGAGCAUACAGGAGCAGGCAGCGGCUGGGUUUGUCCAGGGGUCAACAGUCCCCCCCUCUCCUUAUCUAGAUGAAGAGAAUUAAUUAGCAAGUAGGAAUAAAAUUUUCUUGUAGUACGGUACAUGGAGUGUGGGUUCAAAUGAUGUUCUUAUUUGUCCAAGUGGUAAGAUCCCUGCCUCCAUUUAGUCUUGCCUCAAUUAGAGAAAAUAUGCAGCAUACAGUUGGAAAGAUAACACAAUCCUUGCUUAAAUGCUUCUAUUAACAUUUCAACCCCUCCCCUCUUUUCCCUCCGGGGUGGAUACAUGAACAUGUCAUUACUUCGUUAUUUAAAUCUAUGCCCUCCCCAGAGGUGACACUUGGUAACUGAAUUCUUUUU